UAACAAGGUUGCUAUCAGAUUUCAACGAAGGCCAACAUUGUAUAAUAAAAUGGCAAAUAGGAAAUGCUUGCAGCAGAAAAGCGAAGGUUACUCUCGUUUAAACAAACAUCUCGCUCUGUCAUCGAUACCAGAGAUCUUGUUUCUGGCGCAAUGCACUCAAACAACAUCGUUUUCAGAAACAAUGUUGGAGGAUUCAUUGUUGCAAAAUGAUAUGAGGCCAGCUUUUCCCGAAAUGUUGAAGGAUUAAGAGUUCCGGGAAACAGCUUCAACUGAAAUAUACUCACAAAGGUGUGGGGUACCCAAAUCACGGUGAGUUUUUGGGUGUAAUACGUACUAAUGCGG